UGCAACAAUACUUGCAAAAGCUUUCAAAACAGACAGCUGCAAAUUCGGCUUUCCCUUUGUUAUCGUGAAUCUUUUUGGCGUCGAAAAAAACAAUUUUCUCGCAAUAACUGACGAAAUAACUGGGGCAGUGCUGAAGAUAAGGAUGUCUACUACCCGUGUGCCGAAUUUGUUGGAAUUCCGGAAAAUAUCAAAUUACGUGCUACAAGCACUUUAAAAACAAAAGAGUAGAGCCGUUAAAUUUUUAAUGACAUCCGCAAAGAGUGUAUCCUCCUCUCAUGCGACGAUAGUUUUCAAAAAUACAGAGGCCAUCAGCAAGCUACUGCGACUGCUUUAGAAUUUUCUACAUUUUUUUCUACAUCAUCGUUAAAGCGAAACUUGCACGGUGUACUAAGAAAAUAAGAAAUAUCAUCAGAUAUACGGAAGCAAGCCAGAGAUGUCCUUACUUUACUUCAUUUGUAUGCUGGCCUCUAUUCCAUGUCACGUGUUCGCACACACGUGCCCACAAGGUGUCUGCUACGGAGGCAAGUUUUCACUCCAUGAAGGCAUCAAGGGACAACAUUUGAUAGGGUUCUCAUUCAAGAACCUCAGCACGGUCCGUCAUGCCCAAGGGUGCUUCACGGCGUGUGCGAAUGAGUGCCUCUGCAGGUCGUAUCAGUUGUCACGUACGGGAUGCGAGUUACUGGAGGAGGACAAGAAUUCGAAAACUCUUGAGCCAAAUUCUGACUACAUAUACUUCGACUUGCUUCAGAACAUUAUUCCGUCGGUAUCCUCCUUGGCACACCCAUCAAUCUGUAGGAAUGGCUGCUGUCUGUCCAACCCCUGUCUUAAUGGGGGGAAGUGCGCAGAGCAGUGCGAGCACCCGAAAACCAAGAUCGUCUGCAAGUGUCCAUCUUAUGCCACAGGGAAACGAUGUGAGCAUUUCCGUCCAAAGUCCUGCCUUGACUUCUACAAAGCACCUAACGCUCUCUCCGCCCCGCUGAAAGGUGUUUAUAAGAUUUUCAAAGAGGACAAUGUAACAGAACUCAAAGUGUAUUGCGAUUUUACGCCGCCCAACAAAGCGUGGACUUUGAUUGAAUCAUUCGCCGUAGAACACAAAUCAGAGUUCAAUACAAAGUCCUUCAUGGACGACUACCCGCUCAAUCAAGAGACGCCUGGAAAUCACAAGAAAUACCGACUAGCGAGACAGGACAUGCAGAUGAUCAAAGCCACAGCGAUGUCCUACCGAGCAACCUGCAAGUUCCUGACGAGGGCAAACGUAACUGACCGAGAUUAUAUGGAGGGUCGUCUGUUAGAGUGGAACAUCAUAGAGGAAGCGAGCGAUGAUCCGGAACCAGAAUACUGCAGAAGAUUGACAUAUGUCAAUGUUGAAGGCUACAGUUGCUCGGAUUGCACUAUGGCGCUCUUUCAGGAACAGUCGACGUGGCAUGUGCACGGUGAGCCGAGACACGGCUGCGACUUCCAACCACCAGGAUAUAAGGAGAACUCUUGGGAGGUAUUCGGAUGGUAUGAUCCAGUGCAAACUUCCUUCCUAUGCACCGAUUCAGACAGUUCAACGACCGAAUACUGGCUUGGACACGAAAUGCCUUAGUAUCAUGCGAAGACCAGACAGAUAUUUUCAACUGUCAAGUAAUAAGGACAACUCUUGUGAGGUAUUUGGAUGGAAUAAUCCACGACAGUCUAUCUCCCUAUGCACCGAUUUCGAUAAAUCAACGAUAGAAUAUUGACGGCCUUGGCACGGGAUGGCCAAGGCCGUCAAUUCCGCAUGCUGAAAAGCAUGUGGAAUAUUUGGUACUUUUUACUUAAUCAAAGACAAGACCAAUACCAUUGUAAUUUAGGAUGGCUAAGGAUGGCUAUAGAUGUCACACAGGUAACUACCUACAUAUGUCUGGUUACCUUUCAACAGAAUUCAAUCUUUUGUAUCUCAAAGUUGAGAUCCACCUUUAAUAUUUAUGUCCAAAAGUAUAUAGCUAAGGAAAUGUAGAUACCCGAGGGCGUCAGGUCUUUAGUACUCGGAACACCUUUGUCUAGUUGAAUUUUUCAAUCCUCAUAUCAAAGGAGUUUCUUGUUUACUUUGAGUCGCUUCUAUUGAAAACGUGGACAAUUAUGCCGAGACCAUUUCUCAAGCAGAAAUCAAUACUCAAAAAUAGACCAAUGAGGUUUCACUGUAGUGCCGUAGCAGACAACGUAAGA